GCAGGCAUUUACCAACACUGCUAAGGGGCUGUUUUGUUAUCGCUCUAUCGAUAUCGAUAGCACGAGGUAAAUAUUGGUAAUAAAAAAAUAAAUAUGCUUAAAUUAGGUAAAUUUCUGGCGCAAAAUGCCACGGUGGUCAACCUGGUGGGCAGACAGCAAAUGGCCACCACCAGCCGCCUUUAUUCCGCUGCAGCGGAAAGUGAAAACUCGGAUCUGCCCAUUGACAUAACGAAUCCCUACGAAAAGGACCCCCAGCAGUGUAUCCUGUGCAAGCAUAGCAUCGAGCCGCACUACAAGAACGUCAAGCUGCUGUCCCAGUUCCAAUCGCCCUACACGGGACGCAUUUACGGCCGGCACAUCACCGGAUUAUGCAAGCGCCGGCAGGAGCAGGUGGAGCAGGCCAUCCUGCGCGCCCAGCAGUGCCUGCUGAUGCCGGGCUAUCACAAGGACCUCGACUUCCUGCAGGACCCCAAGCUCUUCGAUCCCGAGAGGCCCGUGCGCCCGCACAAAUACUAGUUUUGCUGAUAGGUUUUGAGUUUCCUCCUUGUUGCACUGGGAAUAUACAGUUUCUUAAUGUUAAAUCUUA